CUCAGCCGUAUAUAAAACCGCAGCGCUUCUCAGCAGGGAGAGGGAGAGAGAAAGAGCUCGCGAGUUCACAAAGACUUAAAGCAAAGCUACUACUGGACAGACUCAGGCAAAUAGGAGACGUUUUUAUAUUCACAGGCUGAUCUAGCAUCCCUGAGAAGGCAGAUUCUGCAAAAAAGGAAUAGAAACCUCUCGCCACAUCUCAGCCAUAAAUCAUGAAUGAAAACAGUUUGGCUAUUGACAUUCUGCUCUUGUGUAUAUCCUGUGGAGCAAGUGCACUGGCAGCCUUCAAUCCCACUGCCUCUUCAUCGCUGCCAGCAACCAAUUUCACUGAUAUUGGCUCUGCGCCUCCAAAAUAUCUCACAGAGGCCGCAAACCUUCCCAAAACCAGACGGAAACGUUAUAUUUCCCAGAACGAUAUGCUCACUAUUCUUGAUUACCAUAAUAAAGUCAGAGGGAAAGUUUUUCCCCCAGCCUCAAACAUGGAAUAUAUGGUCUGGGAUGACACUCUUGCAAAAACAGCUGAGCAGUGGGCGUCUACGUGCAUUUGGGAGCAUGGUCCUCGCAGUCUUCUUAGAUUUCUGGGUCAGAACCUUUCAGUUCGAACAGGAAGGUACAGAUCCAUUUUGCAGCUGGUGAAGCCCUGGCAUGAUGAAGUGAAGGACUAUUCUUUUCCCUAUCCUCGAGACUGCAAUCCCAGAUGUCCUCUUAAGUGCUAUGGGCCUAUGUGCACUCAUUAUACACAAAUGGUGUGGGCAACCUCAAAUAAAGUAGGAUGUGCCAUCAACACUUGCCAUAAUAUGAAUGUUUGGGGCUCAGUAUGGAAGAGGGCAACAUACUUGGUGUGCAACUAUUCUCCAAAGGGGAACUGGAUUGGUGAGGCCCCGUAUAAAGUAGGUGUUCCUUGUUCCAUGUGCCCUCCGAGCUAUGGAGGAUCAUGCAGUAACAACAUGUGCUUUCCUGCCGUGAACUCAAAUUACCUGCACUGGUUCAAAUGAACACAGACAGAAUGUACAUGCCCAUCACAGAGACACUGUCCCUUGUGGGAAUUUGCACAACAUUCCUGCAUCACCCUGUUUUUUUUUUUAUAUAUGGGCCAUAUAGGACCAUGGAUUGCAAGGCAGCAAGUUUUUAAAGACAUGUACAUAACUUAUUUUUCAGUGUUUAUACCAUUAUAUUGUAUUGUGUAUGUACCCAUUUAUAGGAAAUAGUUUAUUUCCUGAGAGGGACUCUACUGUGAUCUGUCAAGUCAUGAUUGGUGCUUACAGUAUUUAACCGUAACUGUAUUUCAAGAACAUAAGGUGCAGUUGCCAAAAUUCCCAUCAGGCCUUGUUAGCAAGUCUAACAUUGCACAUUGACUGUAGUCCCAGACUGGUCUUAAAGGGAUAGUUCACCCAAAAAUGAAAGUUCUGACAGAAUUUACUCACCGUCAAGAGUCGUUUCAAACUCUUAUGGCUUUCUUUCAUCCGUGGCCAUUUUGAAAACUUUUUCAGCUGUUUUAUUAAGGGCGUCAGAACAAAUUGUACACCUCCUUUUUGGAGCUUGAAAGUUUUGGACCCCAUUGACUUUUAUUGUAUGGCUGAAACUGUAUUCAGUAUGCAGAAGAUAUUCUGUUAUGAUGGACUCAUUCUAAUGUCUUUCCAAACCUGUAUGACUUCCUUUCUUCUGCAGAAUGCAAAAAAAAAAAAAAAGAUAAUUUAAAUAAUGUUGGUAUAAUGGGAACCGAAACUACUGCUACUUUUAUGUCCAACAUAAAGCCCGAAACACACCAAGCCGACGCCGACGAACUAGUGGCGACGAAAGCAGACUGCGGGGUUGGCUCACGUCAGCAGCGUCUGGGUCCAAAGUUGCCCUGACACACCAAACCGAUGCUCAACACCCGAUGGCCAAGUAGCACGUCCAUUCUGCGCCUGCGUAAGAAGAAAUGCCUUUCCAUACCAGCAGGUGGCAGUAGCUGAACAGCCAAUCAGAAUGAUCAGAUGGUCCAACUGACCGACGAGCUCCGACGCCGAUUCAACAUGUCAAAUCGGCUAAAAAAAAAAAAAGCAGACGAGGACCAACUUCAGCCAACAGUAUGGAACACACUGAGAAAACUUAAUCGGCCGACGAACAUAAACUGCCCGACGGCCAACCGUCAGCUUGGUGUGUUCCGGGCUUUAGAAACAGUCAUACAGGUUUGUAACAACAUGGGGAUAAGUAAAUAAUGACAGAAUUGUCAUGUUAGCAUGAACUAUCCCUUUAAAUCAGGGGUGUCCAACCCUGCUCCUGGAGAGCUACCAUCCUGCAGAUUUCAGUUCUAACCCCAAUCAAACACACCUGAACCAGCUAAUCAAGGUGUUCAGGGUCACUUGAUAAUUACAGACAGGUGUGCUGGAGCAGGGUUGGAACUAAAGUCUGCAGGACAGUAGCUCUCCAGGAGCAGGGUUGGACACCCCUGCUUUAAAUCAUAUGAUGUCAUAUCUAUUAACCCUGGCGGUUUUGGUGCUUCAGAAGAAAAGUUAAGCUAGCUCUUCCUGAACUGGGACACAACAGAACUUCACUGGUUUGAAUACACUCACUGGCAUUCUUAGUUAUGCUUUGCUUUGGGUCUUCCCUCUUGGAAGGCCUCCACAUGCUUAAAGCCUAUAAGCGUGUGCUUGGGGCUUAGAAAUCAUGGAUUAGUUUGAAAAAACAAUUGCAUUUUGCAACCCCAGAAAGAACAUUUAGUGAGAUGGCUAAUCUUGCUGUACCCUCAUGAAAUGUUGAGGUGGAUUAACAUGGAAACAUGUUUGAUGUGUAAGUGCACCUUAUAAUGUUUUUUUUUUUUAAAUGUAUUGUUAUUUAGAAGUCUGUCAUUAUUUGUGAUUUUUACCAUUUGUACAUACAUUUACUAUGGAUUCAGCAGUACAGUCUCUACAAUGCAUGCAUAACAGUAGCAUGCUAUUGCAUUGUAUUGUGUUAAUUUGUAUUUUUUUUUUUUUUUUCCACACAAGCACUUAGGGAAAUCUACCAGGCACUGCUCUGCAUAUGGAGGGGAUAGAAAGGGCUAUUUAUCCCUUAUCCAUUCAUAAUGUUCAACAUGACUUCAUUUAUAGAAAUGGUAUUUUCUGCUAAAUUCAGUUCUGUAAAAUAUGAUUUUUAAUGAUGUCAUAGACUGCAUCUCUUAUUGUGUUAAUGUGUAUUUGUAGACCUCUGAAAACUAGUUCUGGUGCUGGAUUUGAUGAGCAUAAUGUAAAUUUGUGUAUUUGCACCUAUUGUUAAGAUUCAAUAUACCUAAAUGGCAACUGUAUUUCAUUAACAAUUUAUUUAUCAUCUGAAAUAAGCUGUACAUAACCUUUUUAUACAAAUCUCUCUUUUUUUUUUUUUUUUAAUAUAAAUUUUGUUAUUUAAACCUGU